AUGGGCGGCAAGGAUCUUUUCACCAGGUACUUCCGUGCCACGUUGACGCAGUCCGUUAUCAUCGGUAUCCUGUCAUUCACCCAACCGGGAAUAUGGAGUGCUAUUGCCAACCUUGGUGCUGGUGGCCUGCAGAGUGUUAAUACCUCGAAUACUGCAAAUGCUAUUUUGUUUGGUAUCAUGGUUGUAUUUGCUCCAUUUUAUGCAGUUUUAAUCAACAAAUUUGGUGUCAAGCCGGUGGUUUCAGUUGGAACCAUUGGCUACGUGUUCUGGUCUGCAGGUUUAUACAAAAACUCAAAGGAUGGCUCUGAAGCCUUGAUCAUUGCAGGUGCAGUAUUGUGUGGUAUUUCUGCAGCUGCCUUCUGGACAAGUGAGGCAACGGUGGCCAUCCUUUAUCCGGAGCCCUCACAGAGAGGAAAAUUCAUCAGUAUAUGGCAAGCGAUCAACAAGGUCGGCGGUCUCAUAGCUGGUGCAAUCACCCUUGCUAUGAACAUUAGUGGAUCCACAUCAGGUAGUGUCAGUUUGAACACUUACGUGGCGUUGUUAUCAAUCCAGUGCCUGGGUCUUCCUAUUUCCUUCUUGCUAAGCCCUCCAGAGAAACUCCUGAGAACUGACGGAAAGAGACUCAUUUCUAACAAAACGGGAGCGACCUGGAAAGAUGAGUUCAGACUUUUUGGUAAAAUUUUCAUGAAAAAAGAGGUUCUGGCUAUGGCUCCUUUCUACAUGUCGAUUGUUUGGUAUGGAACAUACCAGUCCAAUUAUGUCACCCACCAUUUCUCUGUCAGAGCAAGAGCGCUGAACAGUUUGUUGACUGCCUUGAUUGGGGCUUUCACGGAUGUUUUGUCGGGUAUAAUUUUGGACAUGAGCUACUUCAAGAGAUCAACCAGAGUCAAGGGAGGCUGGGUGGUCACUGUAGUCUUCAUGACAGCCUACUUCAUUUAUUCUUUCAUUCUCCAGAAGCAGUUUGACGACAAUCCAGAAACCGGUAUUGAUUGGAGCGGUAAUCCUCGUUUCAACAAGGCCUUCAUUCCUGUGCAGAUCUUCAAAAUUGGACCUGAACUUGGGUUUACGUGGGCUUAUUGGGUCAUUGGAGCCUACCAAUUCUCUUCAUCAGAAAUUCCCCAUGUAUCUGCUACCAUCAGAUCAUUGGAAUCUUUGGGUCAAUGCUUUGCCUUUGUCGUUGGUACUGUCAAUGAAAGCGAUAUGACCAAUCUGGCAGUCUCAGCUGCAGUGUUCUUCGCGUCUGUAAUCCCCACCACUUACAUUGUGUUGCAAGCCAAUGAUGAUGUCAUUCAUGGAGUCAUCGAGGAUAGCGACGAUGGCGAAAUCGACUCAGACAAAAAUGUUUCUCUGGAGGUGACCAAUGUCGCAGCCGUGGACUUGAAAUCCGACUCACAAUAA